AUGUCGAGCACCGUGCCAGAAAUACCCAUUGAGGAAACCAAAUCCUUGGGAGAUCAGAUAACCAAUACUGAGCAACCUCCUGCUGCUACUCAAGACAGUGCCAACUCCAAUACUUUACUGGGUCAAGAAGAAGUGGUUAUACCAUCUCCGGAAUCAGUAUCCUCAACCGAACCAGCACAGGAGGAGGAGGAUUCAGAGAAACAGAAUCGCCUUAGUCCACAGGAAAUACUAGCGCAUCGUUUGGGUAAUAAAGCUGAAUACUUUUCGAGGAACGAGGAAUACAGUGAAGGCGAAGAAGAAGAAGAAGAGGAGGAAGAAGAAGAAGAUGAUGAUGAUGAUAGUCAGUUGCAAUGGGAGGAGAGUAUGAAUCAACUCGUGGGGUUGUUGAAUUUUGUUGUUUUACCAUUAGUGGGAAGAAUUUUGGGGAGAAGGGUUGCAAAUAUAAUCUGGAGAAAUAUAGCAAAAAGAAUUUGGAAUUAA